GUCAAAUUUCCAUCAUGGAGGCAUGGUUCUGAAAGUCACCAGAUGAUAAGAAAUUACUUUACUUAUUUCGUGUUGAAAGUGCAUUGCAGAUAUUGGUUGAGUGGAUAUCGUCGUCACUGAGGGCAAGUACCAUCCUGUCCAGACAUGACACGACCAUUGAAGGGGACUCUCUGGCCCUGCCUAGUGAAGAUCUGCACCUCCAGACCCCUACAACCUAACAGUCACCAUCCCCACCGGCUACUAAUGGCAUCCACUCUAUCCACCACCCCCUCAUGUGCCCACUCCAGUGACAUCAAGGUCCGCUCCUACCUGCAGUAUGUGAAGCGCAAACUUAAGUCGCCCCCCAAGCCCCCUUACAGCCACGUGUGCCAGGUGGGAGACCCUGUGCUGCGUGGACAGGCGGCCACCGUCGCCCCUGAGGAGGUGGGCAGCGCGGACGUCCAGCAGGUGAUCCGCACACUCGUGCAGGUGAUGCGACGGUUAGAGUGUGUGGGACUGAGUGCGCCCCAGAUCGGCGUGCCGCUGCGCAUCCUGGCGCUGGAGUACCCCGAGCAGAUGCUGCAGGACAGCUCAGAGGCGUCCCGACGGGCGCGCGGCUUGGAGGCCUUCCCGUUGCGUGUCUUCAUCAAUCCAGAGUUGCGCGUGUUGGACGGUCGCACUGCAGUUUUCCAGGAGGCCUGUGAGAGCCUCUCAGGCUUUUCUGCAUCUGUUCCGCGUUACCUCUCAGUGGAAGUAUCAGGUCUGAAUGAGAAGGGUGAGCCGAUCUCGUGGCAAGCGAGUGGCUGGCCCGCUCGCAUCAUCCAGCAUGAGAUGGACCAUUUAAACGGUGUCCUGUACAUAGAUCGCAUGGACAGUAAGACCUUCAUCAACAUUAACUGGCAGCAGUACAAUGAGUAGCAGCGGGAGUGAUCAUGUUUUUUGGUGCCAAGUGAACUGAGGCACAUUGAGAUAUCCAGAAGGUAAACCAUGCAGAACAACUGAGAAGAACUGGACCUUAAGGAUAACGUCAAUCUUGAAUUAGGAUUUGUGUGUUCUUCACAUGCAGAUGAAGGUUAAUUAGAAAACUAUGGAAAACCUUAGUCAUAGGAGACAGUAGUCGGUGACCUCAAGAAACAGAGAUCUUUGUGAAAACUCGCCGUAUUUCUCCUUUAAUGUUGUCAACAGAGGUGCAUUUUUUGUCACAAAGAGGAUCAUCAUAUUUAACAGCGAUCUGCAAAUGAGUAUGCACUGUAUGACUGAAUUGACUGCUAUCCAAUUGUGGUGCAAUUGCUGAACAUAAUGUGUCAGUACAUGUGUGUGUGUGUUCAUAUGAAUAAAAGACUUUGUUUA